AUGCCAAUCACGGCACCCGUCCCCGUGGGUUCGCCUCCACACGAUGUGCCUCGCAGAGUCGGACCCCUCACCAACACCACGCUAUUUUCUACUACGCAAACAGCCCACGCUUGCGAAGAAGGGGCGGAGAACGUUGAUGCUAGUGAUGGAUCCGGGCAUGGGAAAACAAUGGGUUACGCCUUCGACGACGCCGACGAAAACCAGGGGCUUCAAGACGAGUUAGGUGAAGAAGAAGGGGGAAGGGAAGAGGGAGAGGAAGUGGAGGACAGGGAGAACCGGGAGGACGAGGAGGACGAGGAGGACGAGGGAGACGAGGAAGGGGGGCAUGAUGACGACGGAGAUAGUGAUAAGAUCGACUACGAUUCGGAGGGAGGGGGGUUCCACUACACCGAGCACCACAACUGCCCGGUCCAAUACUCAGUACCAUCCGACGUUUCCUACUCGCACUUUUACCAGGAACCAGAGGGUGUCUUUCCUGACGGGUUAGACGCGUCCGACGACCCCGAUGCGGACGCCGACACUGGUGUCUCGCUCAACGACUACCCAUUUCCCCAACCCAUCGCCAACGACGUGGUUAUGGAGGACCCUGCAGAUUCGGACAGUGAUGACCAGCCAACUUGGGUCGAGGACACGGGAAGCGAUUCCGAAUCCGCUCUCGAUCCGGAGUCAGACACGACGGCUGCGGCGCAAGCUGUCGCUUUCGUCAUGGGAACCAUGCCCUUCGCAUCCACGACCGCCUUUGCCGGCGUCACCUGGGAACAAUCUCCUCCUGGAGGCGCCUGGACCCACACUUUCUCGAUCUCAAACCCCAAUCCAAGUACCAUCGGGCCGUCCAACUACGGCCUGGUUGACUUUCUCCGCCACUGGGCGCGCCAAAGCCGGCUUCUACAAACCAUGUCCCGGGGUAGCUGUCCCUGGCCGAACGAAGUCAACGCCCUUCAGUCCCUGCCGGAAGCUUCGAUCAAAUAUGCCGAUUUGGAGGGAGAUCAAUGUGACCUUCAGGGGAUCGCAUGGGACAGUCUUGGGGUCACGAGGCGAGAUGCCCGAGAGCGACGGUUGCUAACGUACAACAACUACGUUAACGUCGCGGGCUCUGACAUGUGGACACCUGAUCUUUCAGAUGUUGCUCUUCCCCGUCGGGACAAUUUCUUUCGGUUCCAACGUAUGAACAUCAAGAAGAACAUCCACCUAGCCCAUUUUCAACUACGGAAUGUGUUUGCGAGCACAUCGAGGUCCCGCGUAUUUUACCCCGCCGUCGGUGCUAUCCAACAAUUCAACCCGAUAUCCGGCCACAGCCGCGCUGUGAUGAAAUUGAGCGAUGCGCCCGCCUCUCAAAUAUCCACCCUGGCCGCUGGCCACGGUGUCUUAGUCGCCGGUGGCUUUGGAGGAGAGUAUUUCCUUCGCCACCUGGAUUCUAACGACCCAGAAAACGCAUCUGGCCACGAGGGUGUUAUCACCAACAGCAUCAGUGGCAUUACAAAUCAUGUUUCUGUCUACCAAUCUCGGACUUCGUUCGCCCCACUCGCCGCGUUUGCAUCAAACGAUAAUUGUUUCCGAGUCUUGGAUCUCACCACCGAGACAUGGCUUUCGGAGGAAACACACGAGUUCGCUCCCAACUGCGCCGCCGUAUCACCAGAUGGACGACUGCGCGUGAUGGUGGGUGACAGUACGGACGUGGUCAUCACGGCCGCAGAGUCGUCCCGCCCUGGUGGAGAACCAGAUGUUCUGCACAAGCUGUCUGGCCAUCGCGAUUUUGGGUUUGCUUGCGACUGGGCAGACGACGGCUGGACAAUUGCCACGGCCUUCCAGGACAAGACGGUCAAGAUCUGGGAUGUUCGCCGGGUCACCGACACCUCAGGCAACAGCACAUCGGUCUGUACCAUCCGCAGUGAGAUGGCCGGCGCGCGGAGCCUGCGUUUCUCACCGAUCGGUAGCGGGAAGCGGGUUCUUGUGGCCGCUGAAGAGGCCGAUUUCAUCAACAUUAUCGACGCUCAAACGUUCCGCUCCAAGCAGACGAUCGACAUUUUUGGUGAACUUGGUGGCGUCUCAUUCACGAAUGGCGGGCACGAUCUCAUGGUCCUCUGCUGCGACCGCGCCCGAGGCGGCGUCCUGGAGCUGGAGAGAUGUGGCCAAGGGGACGGGUUCACGUGGGACUCAGACGAGGAGGUGCCGGCGGGGCGAAAGAGCCACCAUCGCCGCCGCGGUGAGCCGACGUCCGACUGGCCGCGGUCAAUAUUCACCGAAGACAGGCGUCGUCUUGGUCGGAGCCGGCGUAUGAGGCUGGGGUCAAUGGCGAGCCAAGUUGAGUUGGAUCCUUUUUGA